AUGUUUAUCUCAGUCUGCUGCGCGGAAAAUGACUAUGAGAUUUUACUAGUGAUUCUUCAAUUAAUGCCAUUCGCCAUUAAGUCAAAACAAAUUCGUAUGGCAAAGAAGCCGUGA